CGCUAUCAGUUCUUCAGCUGUCUUCAAUAAACGCACAACUCCAACAUGAAGUUCAUCAUCCUUGCCGCUCUCGUUGCCGUCGCUGUCGCUGCUGACUACGCUCCCAAGUACGAAGCCCCCAAGUACGAGGCUCCUAAAUACGAAGCCAAAUAUGAGGCUCCUAAAUACGAAGCCCCCAAGUACGAAGCUCCCAAAUACGAAGCUAAAUACGAGGAAGUCACCUAUGCUCCCCAGCCUUACAGCUUCGAAUACGACGUCCAGGAUAAGGAAUCUUACAAUGAUUUCCUCCACUCUGAGAAAUCCGACUACAACGUUGUCACCGGAUCUUAUCGCGUUGCUCUCCCCGAUGGCCGCACCCAGAUCGUCACCUACAAGGCCGAUAAGGACGGAUACAACGCCGAUGUGAAAUACGAAGGAGAGGCCAAAUACCCCGAGUACGUCGAGAAGCAAUACAAGGCUGCUUCCUACCCCGCUCCGGCUUUCUCUGCCCCAGCUUACCCCGCUCCCGCCUACCCCAAAUACUAAAAAUCCACUGACUGGAUGCCUAAUUUAUUAAUUCUUCAAAAAUGGUUUGAAUGUUAAUAAUCGAUGAAGAUGUUCUGUGAUAGUGAUAUCAUUGUGUCGUCGGAAUUUAUUAAUAGCUUACUGUAAAUACAUUCUGAAACACGAA